AUGGCAGGCCCUCGGCACCCGGUGUCAGUACAUGCAACAGCGCUGGUGCAGACAGAGAGGCUCCAAACAUUUGCCUUCUCUGUGCGCUGGUCAGACAACAGCAACACCAUCGUGCAAAGGAGCUGUGACGAGUUCAGGAGGCUCCACAAGACCCUCAAGACCUUCCGGGUGGAGGCAGGCCUACUGCGGAGAUCUGACAGAGUUCUCCCCAAGCUUCCGGAUGUAUCUGCAUUGCUGUUGGCACGUGGGGGUCGCACAGGCCGCAGCCUGGCACACCUGCGGUUGCUGGAGACCUAUUUGCAGAUGCUGCUGAUGGUAGAGCGUGUGUCUAGGGGACCGGCACUCAUCAGCUUUUUAGAGCCGCAGCCUCAGGACCUGGAGCCUUCACUGCCACCUGGCAGCCUGGUGAUCUUGACUGUCUGGGAAGAGCCCCUCCCCUGCCCUGUGGGAAGCCUUGCCAUUGGCAGCAUGGUGACUUUGAGACUGCACUCCCUGAAGCCCUUUAGCACCCAUGACGCAAGGGGCCAACCCUUUCUUGUUCGAGCCCAGGAGGCACUAGAAGUGCUGUUGCAACACCCCUCAGGCUGGUGGCUGGUAGCUAACGAAGACCAGCAGAUAGCAUGGUUUCCUGCUCCCUACUUGGAGGUGGCGGCCCUGGACCAGAGACAAGAUGGGGGACAGCCCCUACAGGGUAGUGGGUCCCAGUUCUUUGUUUCCCGAGCCUAUGACGGCAGCCAAAUCGACGAGCUGUCAGUGCCUGCGGGGGCAAGAGUGCAAGUGCUGGAAAUGUCAGACCGAGGCUGGUGGCUGUGCAGGUUCAGUGGAUGCACAGGUCUUCUCCCCUCUGUGCUAUUGCAGCCAGAUGGGCUAGGCGUGCUCCUGAGCAGACCAGGACUCCACUCCGGGGCAGAGGGUAGGGAAGACAGGGUAGGGGAGGCCCAAUGCUCCCCUCAGUAUCCCCAGGCUGUGACCCUUCCCCCUGCUGUGCCCACCCGCCCCCUGCAGAGUGCCAUUCAGAGGUGCUGCUGCACCAUUACCUAUAAUGCACUGGGGUGGGACCCACGGGGUCAGGGACCUCCUUGA